UACAAAAAAGUGAUACAAUUUAAGGAUGUUCUGUAAUCAACAUUUUAUGUUCUUAGGAUUUGGUGAAUAAUCAGGAUUUUGGCAAUGAUCAACUUAAUACAUUGCUAACAUUAUCACUACCAGUUUUACACCUAUUGUAAAAGUAGGUUACAUUGCAUUACAGCACUUCAGUUUUUCUUAUGUAGCUCCUCUUAAACUAAUCUAAGAUUAAUUUCAUGGAAUAUUUACGACAUGACAGGUGGCGGUCGUAGUCUUCUCGCUGGCGGCGCUGGUUCGGGCGGCGCCUCAGGAGGGAUACAAGUACCCAACGCCCGGGGUUCAAGGACUGCCUCUGGCCGGGUCCGGCUCGGGCUCUGGGUUCGGGCAGGAGCAAUACCCUUCGGUGCCCGCCCAGUACGCCUUCCAGUGGGAUGUGAACGACGCGCCUUCAGGGAACUUCUUCGGCCACGGCGAGCAGAGGGAGAAUGACGACACUAAGGGGAAGUACUACGUGCAGCUUCCCGACGGACGCCGCCUGGUGGUCGAGUAUUACGUGGACAGCAACGGCUACCACCCCACCGUGUCCUUCGAGGGCCAGAUCACGGCCGGAGGUCAGGGCCAGUAUGGCCAGGGUCAAGGAGGAGGAUCGGGUCAGUUCGGGAGAGGUCAGGGCGGUGGGCAGGGUCAGGGAGGGUCCGGGGCAGGAUCAGGGCAAGGGCAGGGAUACCCACCAUCCGGUCCGGGUCCAAGCCCUGGCCUUCCGCUGCCUUCUCAGUCCUACGGCCAACCUGCCAAAUGAAGCCUCUCAUAAUCAGGCUUCGCCGUAGUCCUCCAUCAUAUUUUCUCCGGAAAUGUUUACAGUGGUUAUCUAGUCUAUUAUCUGUUAUUUUUCUUGGUUGUUGUUACCUUUAUUGUUAUGUUUCAAAAAGAGAAACACAUUCUAACACGCAACAGCAAAAUGUGAAGAAGA